AUGAACAUCUCGCAACCGAUCUCGUCGCAAAUCUCGUCCAUCUCGUUCUCGUACCUGACCGCGGCCGACGUGCGCAAGAUCAGCGUCAAGCAGGUCGUGAAUCCGGUCCUGUUCAACAACCUCAACGAGCCCAACAAGGGGGGGUUGUACGACCCGGCUUUUGGGCCGCUCAACAGGGGGGAUAUGUGCGUUUCAUUUUCAUUGCACUGUUGGUGGCCUCGGCCGAGAGCUGAUCUCCGCCUUUGCACUCCUGUUCACUCCUCCCUCCCCCCCUAUUCUCCCGUCCCUCUCCAUGCGAUCUCACAGCUGUACGACAUGCAAACUCAACUCGUACGACUGCCCCGGACACUUUGGUCACAUUGAACUCCCACAGCCCAUGUUCCACCCUCUGUACCUGAUUCAAGCGUACCAGUUGUUGCGGGGAACUUGCACCUACUGUCAUCGUUUCUUGAUCUCCGAGGCUCUGGUCAGUGUGCAAAGUUCCAAGCGGGGUGAAGAUGCAAAAGUGGGGUGACUGAUCAUAGACCAGUUUGCUCGGACAGGUCUUUAAAUAUAUUGCCCGGUUGACUUUGCUCGAACGAGGCCUGGUCGUCGAAGCGAACGAACUGACCAAGAUCAACAUCAUCGGCGCCGCUUCCUCGGGCGAGAAGAAGAACAAGAAGCACGACAAGGACGCCACCCUCGCCGAUCGAGAGGUCGGUGAAUCGACGUUGGAACCGGGACAGGUCGACCCCGACGAGGAGGAGAACGAGGUCGAAUCGAUCGAGGACUUUGGAAUUCGCCUCAAAACCUUUGUCGCGAGGGCGAUCAAGCGCGCGACCAAGCUCGAUCCUUCUUCGACCACGCGCGACGAAUACAAACGAUCGGGCACGGUCUACGAUCAGAGGAAAAAAGUCAUGGCCGAAUUCGUCAAGCUGUUGGCGGGCAAGAAGAAGUGCACGAGGUGUGGCGCGUUCGCGCAUCGGUUGAGGAAGGAAGGGCAUACCAAGAUUGUCGAGUAUAGUUUGGUCGGCAAGCAGGUUGCGAUUCAUGCGAGCAAAGGGAUCAAGAGGAUGAAGAUGAAGGAUCUGAUGCUCGCAUCAACCAAGGAGGGAGCUGCACCGGCGGCAAAGAACGAGGACGCGAUGGACGUCGAUCAUGAGCACGAUCAUGACGAUCAUGACGACGACCGAUCUUCGGCCAACAUGACGAGCGAGGACGAGGACGAGGAUGAAGACGAGGGCGACGACCCGCUCGCCGACGACCGCAACGUUGGUGCCGUACGACGUCAAACCGAGCGCAUCGUUCCCGCUAACGAAGUACGAGCGCACCUCCGUCUCCUGUUCAAGAACGAGGCCGAGAUCAUCGCCCUGCUCUACGCACCACACGGCCCUCUAUCGUCGGCUCAGCCCGAUGCGUCGGCCGAUAUCUUCUUCAUGGACGUCGUCGCCGUUCCUCCGACACGGUUCAGGCCCGCUUCGACGAUGGGUGAUCAGGUGUUUGAGAACCCGCAAAACGCUUUGCUGAACGGCAUCCUGAGGCAGACCUUCGUCGUCCGCGACCUCAAUGUCAAUCUCGCGAACGCGCAAAAGGCCAUUCUCGAAGCGAAUGGUAAUGGCGUCGUCGAAGGGGAGAAGCCGACCGUUGAUCCGAUGCGCUUGUACAUCCAAUUGUUGGAAUCUCUGAUCAACCUCCAGGUCGCGGUCAACUCGAUGAUGGACUCGUCCAAGAACCCCAUGAUCGUCAAACAGGGCAAAUUGCCACCACCGGGUGUCAAGCAACUCCUCGAGAAGAAGGAAGGGCUGUUCCGACAAAACAUGAUGGGCAAACGUGUCAACUACGCCGCACGUUCGGUCAUCUCCCCUGAUGUCAAUAUCGAGACGAACGAGAUCGGUGUGCCGCCCGUUUUCGCGAGAAAGUUGACCUUGCCGGAACCGGUGACGGAUCAUAAUGUGCAGCUGUUGAGGCAGAUGGUUAUUAAUGGACCGCACAAGCACCCGGGUGCGGCUUUCAUUCAGAUGGAAGAUGGUCACUUGCUUUCACUGGUACGUUGCGAGUGCGCUCUCGGUGUCCGAAGGUCUUCCGAACUGACAAUUUGAAACUUCAUACCAUAGGACAAGCUCUCAAUUGAAGACCGUACCGCGCACGCCAACAAACUCCUGGCGCCUGAAUCGCGCGCCUCAGCCACCUCCCGCCUCGAUCGACCGGACGUCGGCCUGCCCUCAACCCGCAGCCCGCAAAUUAACCGCAAGGUCUACCGACACUUGCAGGACGGGGAUAUCGUCAUCUUGAAUCGACAACCGACGCUGCACAAGCCUUCGAUGAUGUGUCAUCGCGUUCGGGUGCUCAAGGGUGAAAAGACCAUCAGGAUGCAUUAUGCGAACUGUAACUCUUAUAACGCCGAUUUCGAUGGUGAUGGUGAGUUCAGCGGACUUAGUCUCGGAUGGUCGCGCUUGAUUUGCUAAAUACCCCUCCUGCGAUGUGAUUUGCAGAAAUGAACAUUCAUUUCCCGCAAUCGUUAAUCGCGCAAGCCGAGGCUCGUCUGAUCGCCAACACGGACAACCAAUACCUCGUGCCAACGUCCGGAAACCCCUUGCGCGGUCUGAUUCAAGAUCACGUCGUCGCCGGCGUGUGGUUGACGAACAAGGAUACCUUCUUCACGCGCGAGCAGUACCAACAACUCAUCUACGGUGCCCUGCGCUCCGAGGACGACUACUCGGGCGAAGACGGUCUGCUCAAGACGUUGCCACCGACCAUUUGGAAGCCGAGGCCGCUAUGGACUGGCAAGCAGGUCAUCUCGACUUUAUUGCUGAACAUCAAGCCUCGACAUGCGGCGGGCAUCAACUUUACCUGCAAGGCCAAAGUUCCCGGUUCGAUGUGGGGUCCUGCGCAUGUCACGGAAGAACAAGUCGUCUUUGUCGACGGUGAACUCAUCUGCGGUAUACUCGACAAGGCUCAAAUUGGUGCUUCGCCUUAUGGUCUCGUUCAUUCGGUGUACGAGCUCUACGGCGCGAUGAUCGCGGGCAAAUUGCUCUCCAUUUUGUCAAGGGUCUUGACCAAGUUCUUGCAGUCGAGGGCCUUCACCUGCCGAAUGGACGAUCUGCUCCUGACGCCGCAGGGGAAUGCGGACCGACGCAAGAUGCUGCAAACCGUCAACGCCAAAGGUUUGGGAGCAGCAUUGGACUACGUCGGGCUUGCCGAAGCCGAUCGAUCGGAUCCCGCGACCGCCGAGGAUCUGCGCGAUCGAUUGGAGGAAGUGCUCCGCGACGACUACAAGCUCGCCGGCUUGGACGCGACCGUCGAAGGUGAAACAAACGGCGUCACGACCUCGUUGAUCAAAACUUGUCUCCCCGGCGGGUUGGUCAAGCCGUUCCCGCACAACCAUAUGCAAACGAUGACCGUUUCGGGAGCCAAAGGGUCCAACGUCAACGCUUCGCAGAUCUCGUGCCUGUUGGGCCAACAGUCGUUGGAAGGUCGACGCGUGCCGACGAUGGUCAGUGGAAAGACGCUGCCUUCGUUCAAACCGUUCGAGACCGCACCACGCGCGGGUGGCUUUGUUGCCGGUCGCUUCUUGACGGGUAUUCGACCCCAGGAGUACUACUUCCAUUGCAUGGCUGGUCGAGAAGGUUUGAUCGAUACGGCCGUUAAGACGAGUCGUUCUGGGUAUCUCCAACGUUGCUUGAUCAAGCAUCUUGAAGGGUUGAGGGUACACUACGACCACACCGUGCGCAAUUCCGAUCAGUCUAUCCUGCAGUUCCAAUACGGUGAGGACGGGCUGGACGUGACGAAGCAGAAGCACCUGCACCAGAUCGAGUUCACAGUCCGGAAUACGGCCUCGCUCGUGCAGCGCUAUUCGCCCCAGGAGGUCUUGGACCGCGUCGUCGACCUCGGGGAAGGGCCAUCAAAGGAGGCGCUCAAGCACCCCGAUCGCGUCACGCCCGUCCUGUCGAGGCUCUCGCCUUCGACCCAUCUCGGCUCCAUUUCCGAGACCUACGCCGCCGCAAUCGAGAACUACAUCAAGACGAACCCCCAGCGCUUGCUCCGAACCAAGAAGAAGCAUCGCGUGGACUGGCCCGCUUUCGUGCGCACGGACGAACUGAUGGGUCUCGCGCACUUCCGUUCGUUGAUGUACAUGCGGUACAUGCGCUCUUUGGUCGAGCCGGGAGAAGCGGUCGGGUUGAUGGCCUCGCAAGGUGUCGGCGAGCCUUCGACGCAGAUGACGCUCAACACGUUCCAUUUCGCCGGCCACGGUGCGGCCAACGUCACGCUCGGUAUCCCGCGAUUGAGGGAAAUCGUCAUGACCGCUUCGCAACACAUCAGGACGCCGACGAUGCAGUUGCCCAUCCUCGCGAACGUCACCGAAGCAAAUCUCGCUACGUUCUGCCAAGACUCGACGAGGUUGACGCUGUCUCAGGUCGUUGACGAAGUCACGGUGCGCGAAACCCUUUCGGCCAAGACGGAGGCGAACAACCAUUCGCGGCAGAAACUCUACACGAUUCGCUUGGGUCUGUUCCCUCGCGAGGACUACGAGAAGGAGCAUGCGAUCGAAGCCGAGCAGAUCUUGGCGUGCAUCGAGCGACAAUUCGUGUACCUCUUGGACAAGGCCAUCUUGAAGGAGAUCAAGCAGAAUGAAAAGGAGAACAAGAGUCAGGCUUCCAGUCUGGGCAAGGGAACCAAGGUCAACAAGGCGGGAGGUCGAACUCGGGCUGAGGGGGACGAGAACGAGGGUGACGCCGCAGGUGACGCCGCAGGUGACGCCGCAGGUGACGAGGAGCUCCCGGCACCGUAUCGGGAACGAAGUGGUGCCGAGGAGGAAGAUGGCGAAGACGCCGAUGCCGACGACGCCAAGCGUGGCAAGAGGAUGAACGACGAGCAAGAGUACGAAGACGACGAUGACGAUAACCAAGAGGAGGAAGAGACGAAGUCAAAGAAGAAGGCCAAAAAGUCGUCCAAGAAGGAACCGAUCGAACUCGACGGCGAGAUCGCGAUGGACGAGGACGCGCUCGAGGCUGCGUUCAAGAGCGACAGCGACGACUCGUCGUCCGAGAGCUCCGAAUCCGAAUCAGAGGCAGAGGACGGCGAUGCGCUUCGACCAAAGAAGCUUGGCAAGGCCGCUCGACUGCAGCGCCUCGGCGCGCUCGAACGCAAGGCCGCUGACCAGAGUCGUUUCGUCGAUAAGGUCACCUUCGACAAGGUCAAUGGAGGCUGGUGCGAGUUGGAGCUCGAGGUAGGUUCUAGUUGUGCCCCAUACUACGUUCAGAGCUCCGAACUUAAUCUUCUGGUUCAUUUUACAGUUCUCGUCUCGCGCCCACAAGCUGCUGCUCGUCGGUAUCGUGGAGGGCGUCUGCCGUCAAACGGUCAUCCACGAGAUCCCGGGCAUCUCACGAUGCUUCGUCGCCAAGGCGGCAGCGUCCAAGGACGCGGCCCAGCGCAACUGCAUGACCGAAGGUGUGAACCUCCGCGCGACGUGGAACUUUGGCCACAACGUCGUCGACCUCAACAACAUCUACACCAACGACAUUGGCGCAAUUCUGCGCACGUACGGCGUCGAGGCGGCUCGCACGUCCAUCAUCAAGGAAAUGUCGGGCGUCUUUUCCGUUUACGGUAUCGGCGUCGAUUACCGACACUUGACCAUCAUCGCCGACUACAUGACCUCCGAGGGCCAGUACAAGCCGUUCAACCGUACCGGUCUGAGUAACAACUCGAGUCCCUUCCUGAAGGCAUCGUUCGAGACGACCGCCAACUUUGUCGCCGAGGCGGCCCUGCUCGGUGACUUUGACGACCUCGGAACGCCGUCGGCCAACAUUGUGCUCGGCAAGGCCCCGGUCAGCGGUACGGGUGUCUUUGAUGUCGCGAUGGCUGUCGAGGCCUGA